CUCCCUUUUCACUGAACUUCUGUGAAACUCCUUCAGACUGAGUUGACUCGUCCAUCAUGGCGGUGUUUUCGUCUCUUACUCCGGUGUUCGUGGCGGUUUUGUGCGUUGUUAUAGGGUUUCUCUUCAAAAACUCCCAGAGGAGAGAGAACAGAUCCAAGCAGAAGAGUUCAGGAGACACAGCCAGACCAUGGGUGGAUGAGGAUCUGCAGGACGACACAGAAAUCAGCAGGAAACACAGCGAGGAUGAUGAUGAUGAUUGGCUAGACACAACAGAGGAAGAAGGCUUAGUCCAUAUCCCGUACACUCCUGCUCAGUACUCCUCUGCCGAGAUGCUGGAGCGCUCGGAGAAGUUUUACUCGCUCAUGAAUCUGAGACGGUCUGUCCGCUUCAUCAGUCCAGAACCGGUUCCAAAAGAAGUGAUUGACAAUGUCAUCCGCACUGCAGGCACUGCCCCCAGUGGAGCUCACACUGAACCCUGGACAUUUGUGGUGGUGUCUGAUGCCGAUGUGAAACACAAGAUCAGAGAGAUCGUCGAGGAAGAGGAGGAGAUCAACUACAAGCAACGGAUGGGAGACAAGUGGGUCCACGACCUGAAGAGACUUCGAACAAACUGGGUGAAGGAGUAUCUGGAUGUGGCUCCGUAUCUGAUCCUAGUGUUUAAGCAGACACAUGGACUUCUGCCCAGCGGCAAGAAAAAGACUCACUAUUACAAUGAAAUCAGUGUGUCGAUUUCCUGUGGGAUUCUGCUGGCCGCCCUGCAGAAUGUUGGGCUGGUUACCGUGACGACCACUCCUUUGAACUGUGGUCCACAGUUGAGGUCCCUCCUCCAGCGACCAGCCAAUGAGAAGCUUCUAAUUCUGCUUCCUGUUGGCUAUCCUGCGUCUGACGCCAAAGUGCCUGACCUCAAACGCAAGGACCUCAGUGACAUAAUGGUGACUGUGUGACAAGCACCAGCUGCUGGAAGCCAUAAUAACACCAAAUCUUUAGAUCUCUUUUGAAUGUAUGAUUGUGUUCUUUGUCUAAAAUGAGUUUUGGCAAAUUAAACCGAUGUUCUCAUCUCACUGCUUUGUUUUUAUGAUACCUUACCAUAAUAAAGGGAUGUUCCAGUGAUGGUUCACAUUUGAAUACAGUUCCAUGG